CAUGGCUCCCCAGUGACCGAUGGCGAUGCCCACAAUCCUCUGGGGCGUGGCGCCCCCUCACAAGGCCUCAGGCUUCACUCUGGGCCUACUCAUCGCUGGCUUGCUGCUCAGCCUGGGCCCACAGACCGUGGGAGCCUCAGCCUUCCCCAGGGAUGCCGCCCCUCUGAAUGUUGUCACGGCGGAGGAUGCCCAGGAGUACCCCACCUUCCGUGGUUUGGUGUCUGACAAUGGUUCCGCCUCACCAGGCCUUGACUUCCAGCGCAUGCUGAGGAUCAACCAAACGCUGUACAUUUCGGCAAGGGACCACAUUUACUCCUUCGAUCUGGGUCGCAGUCCCCAGGAUAUCCUGAAUCCUCGGAACAAGGUGCAGUGGAGGACCAAGGGUAGCGAUAUGCAGAAUUGCGCCAUGCGAGGGAAGCAUCGGGACGAGUGUCACAACUUCAUUCGUGUCCUGGUGCCUCGCAGCGACCGGACGCUGUUUGCUUGUGGGACCAACGCUUUCAACCCCAUCUGUCGGAACUACAAGAUGGAGUCCCUACUGCAGGAGAGUGAGGAGGUGAAUGGACAGGCCCGGUGCCCCUUCGAUACCCGACAGACCAACGUUGCCCUCUUCGCUGAUGGAAACCUGUACUCAGCGACGAUGGCGGAUUUCUUAGCCAGUGACGCCGUGAUCUACCGCAGCCUUGGACCUGCCCCUGUUCUCCGUACCGUCAAAUACGACUCCAAAUGGCUGAAAGAGCCUCAUUUCGUGCACACCAUCGAAUACGGGCCCUAUGUAUAUUUUUUCUUCCGAGAGAUAGCUAUAGAGUACACCGCCCUGGGGAAGGUGGUCUUCUCCAGAGUAGGCCGAGUGUGUAAGAAUGACCGAGGGGGGUCUCCGAGAGUCCUGGAGAAAUACUGGACCAGCUUCCUCAAGGCCCGCCUCAACUGCUCCAUCUCCGGCCAAUCAUACUUCUACUUCGACGUCCUCCAGUCCCUGAGCAACGUCGUUACCAUCAACGGGCGUCCCACUGUCAUUGGCGUUUUCACCACCCAGAGCAACAGUAUCCCGGGAUCUGCUGUCUGUGGGUUCCACAUGGAGGACAUUGAUCGCGUCUUCGAUGGUGCCUUCAAGGAGCAGAGAUCGACCGACUCCGGCUGGACCCCCGUCCCUGACGAGAGAGUGCCCACCCCCAGGCCCGGGGUUUGCGCAGGGCACGGAGGGGCCCAAUCUUACAAAAGCAGCAACGACAUCCCCGACGAGAGCCUGUCCUUUAUUAAAUCGCACCCCCUCAUGGACGCGGCGCCGCCGCCCGUUGCUGAGAGACCGUGGCUCGUCCGGAGCGUGGGAAGAUCCCGACUGACUGCCAUUGCGGUGGAUCCCUCGGCCGGUCCCCAUGGUAACCACACGGUCCUGUUCGUGGGCGCCGACGAUGGCGUCCUGUUGAAGGUGUUGGCCCAGACUAGGCCCGGAGCCUCAAUAGAGGGCCUCCUGCUCGAGAGGAUGGACGUGUACCCGCGGGGCAGGUGUGGCGCCAAGGCAGACGACAGGAGGAUUCUGGGAUUGGAGUUGGACAAGGACCACCAUUCCGUCUUCGUGGCGUUCCCAGGAUGCGUGGCCCAAGUGCCCCUCAGCCGCUGCGAGGGCUACGGCAAGUGCAAACGGAUGUGCAUCAGCUCGCGGGAUCCGUACUGCGGUUGGCUCAGGUCGGGUCGUUGUGUCACCCUCCACCCUGGUACCAGGGGUGGAUACCAACAGGAUGUGGAGAAUGGCAAGAUCCAACACCUGGAACGGUGCGAGGACCCAACUCCCUCCAUCAGGAAUAGUUUCCAAGAUCCAUCCAAUGGCGUGAGGAAGGAGCCCACUUCGAACUCCCAGGGCACCGUCCACCUGAACUUCCUGAUCGCCUGCACCGUCUCGGCCUUCGCCCUGGGGGCGCUCCUGUCGGGCCUGGCUUUCUCCUGGUACUGCGGCCGGUGGGGCCAGGGGCCAGGCAAGGCCCCCGAGGGAGCAGGGGUGACGGGCACCGUCUCCCUGCCCAGCUUGGCCAAGCUGCUGGAGGCCCAAUUGGCGGAGGGCCGAGGCCUGGACACCUCAGCGCGGCCCCACCCCUACGCCGGCCUCUUGGCGCCGCCCGUGCCCGAGCCGGGAGCCCUGCCCACCCCGGACGCCACCCCCGAGCUGCCUCCCAAGAGCCACAGGCCUUUCCGCGGCCGCUGGGUGCAAGCGGCAGCCAACCCGGCCCCUUCCUACCCGGGCGGCCCCCAGCCCUUCCGCGUCCCCAGCGCCGUGGUGCUGCCCAACAACGCCCUGGGCCGCAACCGGACGCCGCCCAGCCCCUCGGAGGGCGGCGGCGGCGAAGAGAAGGCCAAGGCCUGGGGCCUGGAGCCCGCGGAAGCCCCCCAGAAGGCCGUCGACAUCGGCGCCCUGGAUGAGCUGCUGCGCCGCCUCCAGGAGAUGAACGCCCACUCCCGGGCGGCGCUCUCCCGCCCCCACCCGCCCCCCCGCGGGCGCCCCCUGCCCCCCGCCCCCCCCCGGGGGCCCGCGGCCUACCUCAGCUCAGCCACCCUGCCCCGCCCCUCGGUCCCGCCGGGCCUGGGGCCUACCCAGCGCCACUCGCUGUCCACCACCUUCCCCAAGGCCAGCCCCCCGGCACCUGGGCUGGCCAAGCACCACAGCUUCGGCCAUCGCUCCCGGGCCAAGCCUAGCACCGCCACGCCCCCGGGCGGCGACGACGACGACGACGACGACGACCAGGCCUCGCCCUCCAGGCAUGCCCCACCCCCACGCAGGGGGUGCCAGCCGGGUGACACCUUGCCCCGGCGCCAGAGGGGGUCAGGGGGCGAGUUCCGGCCCGUGACCCCCCCAACCCGGGCCCAGUCGCCCUCGGGGGGUUCGUCGUCCUCCUCCUCCGACCAGUAAGGGGGCAGGCGUGCCCGCGGCCCGGUCUCUGCCUCCAUCUCUCUCUGACCCCUCCUCCGCUCGGGGGGGGGGGGGUGAAAGGUCAUAGGUUCACCCUCCCUCCCAAACUCCGCCAACCCCAAUCACGACCUCCCCCCACUCACCCAUACAACCCCCCCCCCCUUCCCCCACCACAAUCCCAGACGGGAUGGGGGGGGGGUCGGGGCCCAAUUGCCCGGGAGAGUUGGCGAGGUGGCCCGGGGCGACGACCUCGAGGAGGGGGAAGGGCAAGGAGGAGGAGGGGGUGGGGAAGAUGUUGGCUGAAGGGCCUCAUUUUGCCCUCGCCCUCACCCUCGAAAAGGAACCGCACAACCCCCUUCCGCGCCCCCCCCCCCCCCCCACCUCACUGACAAAUCGGGAGACGGGAGCGAGCCGUCAAAGAGAGAGAGAGAGAGAGAAGGAACAUGGCGGCCAAACGGACCUUCCGGAAGGUUCUUCUGCUGUCCUCGGAGUUGGAGGCCAUCGCUCUCAUCAGCUAAAGAGAGAGAGAGAGCGAGAGACAAAGAUGAACUUUAUUCUUCACAAUGAAGAGGACAUUCAAGACAAACAAAACAGAAAAAAAAGGGGAAACAUUUUCUCCUCGUGCCUUAAUUCUGCGCCCAUCUUUCUUUUCGCGCGGAGUCCGCCCAGAGCUGGGGAUAGAGUUGGUUGUGGCGGGAAGGCUGGGUGGGGGGGGGAGGCCGUGGCGUGGACAUUGGCAUCAAAUCACCCUCCAACCUCCUCCCAUUUCGCUGUCAGUCCUCAUUCAGCCACCUCCCGGAAAGGCUGACACGCCUGGAGUAGGCCGCACUUGGCCAACUAGGCCCCAAACAGAGCCUGCGGCGCUUUCCUGCAGCACAGGCCUCCCAUUCGGGACAGAGAAGGAGAGAGAGAGAGAGAGAGAGAGAGAGACCCCACUCGAUUAAAUCCCCUCCGCCCCUGCGAUUCUUUCAGGUUUAAGGGUCCGAAAGGAAUCAGGGUUUCCGAAAACAGAGGCCUGCCCACAAGGGAUUCACUCGCCCCCCUCCCACCACCACCACCACCAUUUUAAAUAACUCAAUUUUCCUUUCUCGAAAGGAAAUGGGUGGAAUCAGAUUUGAUGUGAAGGGAGGACAAUGAUAUUAUCGCCGGACGGUCAAUCUAGACACUCAGGAAUGCCUGACGUUCGAAACCAGUCACGGCAACGGUGGAAAUUAAAUUCAGCCAAGAAUCUGGGGUUAAGAGUCUGAUGACGACCAUGAAUCCAUUUUUGGAAAAGCCCCGCUCGUUGACUGAUGUCCUGUAAUGCCAUCCUUACCUGGUCAGGCCUACAUGUGACCCCAGACCCACAGCGAUGGGGGUCAACUCUUAACUUGCGCCCCACCCACUCUGGGUGACGAGGGAUGGGCCAUAAGUGUAGGCCUGGCCAGAAACAUUCCACCCCACACCCCCCGCCCAACGUGACCCGUGAAUAAAUUCAAAGAUGAAAAGGCUUUAGGUGUUUUUAAGCUCAGAUUCGGCCUAAUUCAGUUGGGGAGAGGGUUUUGACUCCCUCGCCCUGCUUUUUGUUCCCCCUCCGGGACCCUCCCCCUCUGCCCUCCACUGGGUGUGGGGGGGGGGGGGGGGGAAGGAGGGCAGCCGAUAGGAAAGUGGCCAAGAAGCCUUCUGGACUAGGCCGCACACAAGAGAGAGACGGUCUGGCAAGGGAGGGGAGAGGGUUUGGAGGGGGAGGGGAGGACGAGGAGGGGGCACAGUGUGAUCCCAGCAUGAGGGGCAGGAGAGCGCUGGGCGCGUGAACUUUACCCUCAACUUCCCUCCUCCUGUGCUAAGGCACUGACCUGUGGAAAUGUUAACUUAUUAAAAAUGUGAAACGGC